CGCCGGUGUCUCCCGCCCCGCAGCAGCGCCGCCGCCUCUCAUUUGCCACUCGCGCUCCCCGCGGGCGGACAUGCUCCUUGCGCGCACGCAGCCGACAUGAACGCCUUGGCGUGCGGACUAUGUUGGUGCGUGUGCGCGGCCGUGUGCGUGCUGUGUGUCGACGCGUCUUGGUGGUACAUGAGUACUCUGGGCUCUCGCGUGAUGUGCGACAACAUCCCGGGUCUCGUCAGCGAGCAGCGCCAGCUGUGCCGCCAGCAUCCCCGAGUGAUGCAAGCCAUCGGCGCCGGCGUGCAGGACUGGAUCGCCGAGUGCCAGCACCAGUUUCGCAACCACCGCUGGAACUGCAACACCGUGGCGCGGGACCACAGCCUCUUUGGACGCCUGCUGCUACGCGGCAGCCGCGAGGUGGCCUUCAUCUACGCCAUCUCGUCGGCGGGCGUGGUGCACACGCUGGCGCGGGCGUGCAGCCGCGGCGAGCUGGACUCGUGCUCUUGUGACCCGCGCAAGACGGGCGCUUGGCGCGACCGAGCCGGCGCCUUCGACUGGGGAGGCUGCAGCGACCACGUGGAGCACGCCGCCCGCUUCGGACACGCCUUCGUGGACGCCAAGGAGAGGAAGGAGCCCGACGCGCGUGCCCUCAUCAACCUCCACAACAACAGGGCUGGACGCAAGGCGGUGAAGCGUCUCCUAAGCUUGGAGUGCAAGUGCCACGGCGUGAGCGGUCGUCGCACCGGUGACGAACUCCGCCGCAAAUACGAGCGUGCCGUCCACGUGGCCGUCAACCAGUACGGAGCGGCUCUGACGACGCUGAGCGCGGCGGGAAGGCGCGCGGCACCGGGGAAGAACCAGCUAGUCUACUCGGACGAAUCUCCCGACUUUUGCGUGCAUGAUCACGACACAGGCUCCGUGGGUACGGGUGGCCGGCGGUGCAACGUGACGUCUCGGGGAGCGGACGGCUGCUCGGUCAUGUGCUGCGGGCGAGGCUACGACACAGCGCGGGUGAGCCGCAGUGCCAAAUGUGAAUGCAAAUUCCACUGGUGCUGCGCCGUGCACUGCAGAGACUGCCGCCAGGUGGUGGACGUGCGCACUUGCAAGGACCACACGUGACCGUCGCCGUCAGCGAAAUGGUGAACUGGCUAAAUACGGUUCUAAAAAGUUGGCACACCCCUGUUCGACUGCGAGGUUUUUGUAGAAUGAAAUAUGAGCCCAAGAGAAAUAAUUGCAGACCUCUUGUCACCUUUUUAUGUGACUUGUCACCUGCACAUCUUAGGGGAUCAGGAAAAGCCUACUAGACUAGCUGAACUUUGGUGUGAACCAGAGAGCGCUUUAAUAUUGUGCUGACCCCCAUUUAAUGAGUGUUAUUGGUUGUUCUAAAUACAGCUGUGGUUAUAAGAGGGUGUGCACAUUUGUGCAACCUCAAUGGUUUCUUUUUACCUCCUUUCUAAGAAUGAUUCACAAAUAAACACUUAAAAGGUUAUAGGUCACAUUAAUAGGAGAAAAAGAUUCUAAAUGAUUUGUCUUUUUUUUUAAUCAUAAAACCAGGGGUGUGUAGACUUUUAAUAUCCACUGUAGGUUGCUAUUUAGUGGAUUUGGAGUGAUUCCUAAUAUUGAUAUGUGAACUAUUUCUUCCUACAAACAUGUCGUGAUAUUUGCUGACGCCCUCACCCAAAUAUGGUCACACGAGCCUUUACAUUAUCAAUGUCAUCUUUGUUCAUUUCGUUUUUUUUUUUAAAUUCCUAAACUUGGGGAAUUAAAAAAGUAUUUAUUCAUUUUUUUAUUUAUU